CCACAACUGCCAUGAGCCCAUCAGUUACAGCUACUACUAAUGUUAUAACAGUGAUCACCGUGUCAACACACACAUCAAGAGAAUACAGUGACACAGCUAACACAACUCUACCAGUCACAGCUAGCUUUAAUGCUACUACAGCUUGUGACUAUGGAUAAAGCUAAAGGUAAAAGCCCUCCUAACCCUGUGAUAGACCUCAAUCUAUCCCUGGAGUCCCUUUUUUUGUGAUAUCCUUUGUUAUAUAUGACUCUUGCCUUGUCCAGUAAUGUCAGCUACAAAAUCACUCAUUUGUGCAUCUUCUCUCAAGUUUUUUCCUUACCUUACACACUGCCUGCUCAUCUGGCAUGUGAAUAUAUGCUGCUGGCUCAUCUGGCAUAUGAAUAUAUGCUGCUGGCAAUGUUGGGUGUGGUCCUCCCUUGCCAAAUACUCUCCACAACUGAACUUGCAAAGUUAACUGGAUUCCACUCACAAUCGCAUGAAUUAAAAUCUUAAUGGUUAUAGACAGACCAUACAAUAUAUGAUAGAAAAGUAGUAAGUAGUAUAUAUGAUUUAUAUAGGCUUCAUGGUAUUGGUCAGGGCCCCCUAAUUCCCUGGGGCCCUAAGCGGCUGCUUACCUCACUUAUUGGUUAAGUCCGCCCCUGGUCUCACCACUAUGCUAUUUAUUCUCCCUUGGUGAUUCUUUGCUCAGUUUCUACAGUUUCUACCUGUCAUUUGAAGAGUAGUGGCUUGUGAGUUCAUUCUGUUAACAUAUUGAAGUGUUAUUCCAGAAAUAAUGUAUGCUCUAUGUGGUUUGUCACAGUUAUUUUUUUCCACUAUACUCAACUUUGUCUUUGAGUGACUAACAAGUCAUGCUCCAAGGUUUGAGCUUUUGCAACAAGUUUCUAAGCUCUCUAAAGCCAGUGCUCUUGACAAUCUGUGCUUACUGUGCAUUGAUGCCAACACAUUGUGUUUGGCUGGCAGGUUUAAACUCUGAUUCAGAGUAUAGCAAAAAGACUUGCUUUCUAGGUGUGUUGAUGGCCUGGCAUUAGAUAUGGCUUAACAGGAAAUCAGGAAUUAAACAGCACAACUCUAUCAGUGAACAGUGUCAUGGAGCCUGCACAUAAGGGAAUUGGUGACUGUUGGCAGGACAGAUGAAAACAUCACUCAUCGGACUACAUCUUUCAAAAUCAAUACCAUAUCCCACUGAAAUGUCUUUUUUUUAAAUGUCUGUUUGGCCUUCACUUGCCAAACAAUAGAAGCAUUAUGCUUGUAAUAUGAUUGUACUACACCUGAAUCUGAUUUUAAAUGUGUGCCUCUAUCUGAAACUGCUAACACAACUCUACCUAUCAUAGAUAGUUUUAAUGCUACAACAGGUAGGUUAAUUAAAUACAAUGGCCCUCAGUUAUUUGCUAAAAAUGAAUUUGCUUGUCUGUUAUUUCCAUAUAUCUAUUCUAUUCUAUUCUAUUAUCCUGAUGAAAUAGGUCAAUACGUCUACAUACCCCCUUUCAAAAUUGCAGGUUUGUGUGAUGUCAGAAUUUGUUCUGCCUUUAAUGUAUCUAGCAACCAAAAUCAAGUAGGAAAAAAAAUACAAUUAUUACAUACAGAACUCAGUUUAUGUUUGCAAGGUGUUCUAGUGAGCAGUAACUGUCACAUAUAACUUUUGUUCUAUGGUACAUCUAAUCUAUUGGAAAUGAUUUUGUGCCUCAUCCAUACUUACCUUAUUAGACAGUAAUCCUGUAAAUAUUUUGUGAGAAAUUUGUUGACCAUGUCUUCAGCAGUCAGAUAAAAAAAAGUGCUACAGAUAUUAGCUGAUAGCUGAAUUUUAUUUGUGUUAUCAGAAUUACUUCACUAAUGACAGAUGUAUGAUAAAUACUUCUGAACAUGAGCUUGAAUGAACAUGAUUGGUUAAUUUGGAGCACAGCCAUAUGGCCCAUUAUAAAAGGGUGUGCACACUUAUAUAAUAAUAACCUGGUGUUAGAACAGAGACUCAGCAAAAAUCAGUAGGGUAAACAGGCACAAGUCAGGCAAUAGACAAACAGGAAAUCAGAAGAAAAAUCAGAUUAAAAAACAUUAACAGAGCAAUUAUCAAAUAACUGGAAAUUGUACCAAGGAACAAGGCUUGGUAAUGACAGCACAUAAGAAAACUGAGCAAUUACUCAGCAGUGAUUGUCUAACAGAAAGAGGCUUUUAAUGGAGUGUGUGUGCAAUAAAUAACAGGUGAGUACAAUCAGAUGUCCAGGACCAAUGUAUUGUGGUAAGUGGAUUCUGGUGUGGGCAUGCUUGUAGGCUGUCGUGAAUGCUGGAAAAUAAAGUCUGUGCUUAAUGUUAUUCCAUUUUCUUCCCCACUUGAAUGUUAUUGGAUGUUGUAUCACAUUAAGGGUACAAAAUCUUGUACCCUUAAUGUGUAAUCUUGGUUUAAUUUUCUUUGCAUCAUAAAAACCUGUCAUUUUUUUUUACAGGGGUAUGUAGAUGUUUUAUAUUCACAGUAUAUUAAACAUUGAUUGUUGCCUGUUGAGUUUUAAAUUUGAGAAUCUCCAAAAUUAAUUUACUCAUUAUGAUACAGCACCCUGGUCACUGCAUUGCAACUUCUCGCAAACCUGUCACAGCGACUCUGUGUACUACUGGAUGACAGUCAGUGUUGAAGUUAAAGGAUCUGUAUCUAAUGAGUCAGAUAUAUCUGCCUGGCUUCAAAAUCUGUUCCGAAAUCAAAACGAAUGUAGUCCUGCAUUUCCUACUGUUACACCAUUAAAAAUCAAUACCACUUCACCCAGUGGAUCUGUAAACGACACCACCAUCAACAGCAGAGUAUCACCUUCACCCCCUGUUACUGCUGCUAUCACACAAAAUAUCAGCUCAGUUACCACAAGUCAUUUUUACAAUAGGACACUUGGAAACAGCAGUGUGUCAAAUGGAAGUGAGACUACAAAUAUAUUCAAAGACAUUAAGGUCAUUUGUGCCAAUAAGACUGCUAUAAGGCGGACUACAUGUACUGUGUUGUUGCAAUUUACACAUCCAACCAAUACAUGUUGUAUUAUACAAGCUGUGAGCACAGUACAGGAUAAAUCUUCCAUCCAGGCAUAUGUGGUUGGAGACACUGUAGAGCAAGUGGUAAAAGGGAAUUGUCACAGUGCUUCAGUAACACCAGAACCUCCAGUUGGAAGCUUUGAAAAGUGCAACAGUUCUCUUAGUCCUGACAUUCUCUGCAAUUCAACUGACACAGUUAAUGUGUCAUGCAGUGGGAACAGUGAAACUGUGUAUGUUUCAGUCUCCAUUCCAGACCAAAUGAACUGCACUUUUGAAAACCAACCAAAUACUUGUAACUGUUCCUCUUAUUGCAGCAGCACUGCUGCAUAUUAUAAAUUGGACAAUGGAACUGCAGACUCCAGUUUUAACAUGACACAAAUAUUAACAAAUCCCAUAUGUAACAUGACUAGUUUUGAUUGCCAGGCUUUGAAGAACAUUUCCCAGAUCUAUGAAAAUUAUUCUGUGACAUGUAAUAUAAGAUGCACCAUCAUUGUGAAACUAAGAAAAGCCAUAGAUGUGUGUUUACUCAGCUCAGCAUUACGGAGUGCAUUCCAAAACCAGAACACCAUUGUCACUGUCACCAGAGUGGCCAUAUGCACCUGGGAAGAUAGUAUGAAUGCAGAUCUUUUGCAAGCAAACAUAUUGUCAUUUUCUGAUGUGCUUUCUGAUGUAUGCCCAGUUGGAACAGUGAACAUUGUGUCAAAUUACUGCAAAAAUGGAACAAAUAUCGCUGUGCCUUUGACAGGGAAGUGCAACAACCCAGUGAAUUCUACUACCAUCAGCAUGCCACCAUCCACUACAAACACUAAUGUCACCAUCAUCACAACUACAGCCUCAGCCACAAACACUUCAGCUGGUACCUUAGACACAACUGCCUCCACAGGCUCAUCAACCAGUGCAGAAGCGAAAGCUGAAGGUCUUCUAAAUCUAAGCAGGAAUGCAUCUUCUCUGAACUCCACACAGAUACAGCAGGUUGUAUCUCUGCUGGAGUCAAUUAUUUCUGGACCCAGUGUUAGCUUGGCUCUGGGAAACACGUCUAUCAACAUUGUCAGCAAUCUAUUAAAUGCACCUCCUAAUACACUGACAUCCAUUUCAAACAGGAUUAUUGGCAUUGUGGAUACUGUUGCCUUGAAGCUGGUUGUGCAGGGACAGAGUCAAAGUAUUCUUUCCCCAUCUGUGGCUCUGGCAGUAAAAUUGGUGGAUGGGGCUCUUUUUCCACAGACCACAUUCACCAUCACUGGCCCCUCCAACUUGCAGAUUGACCCAGGUUUGAGGAGAACUGAGCCCAGCUCUCCUCAGGGUUCUAUAAUGCUCCCUGCUUCGCUCACAGGGAACCUCACUCCUCAACAGCAGCAACUGGCCUCCAGAGUACAGUUUAAUUUCUACCAGAAGACCACUCUAUUCCAGGACAAAGCAUUAAACCCAAACAGCAGUAAAUUGAUCAGUGGGGUUCUUGCCUCCAGUGUGGCUAACUUGUCCAUCUCUAACCUGAGAGACCAAAUAGUUUUUACCCUGAAGAACACAGACAUUGUUGAGUGUCCACAGGGUAACUGUUCACGAGCAUGUGUAUUUUGGAAAUUCGACUUAAACGGUGGUUCUGGUGGCUGGAGCACUGAGGGCUGCAACCUGCUGAACCACAGUGAAGCUGAGACAAUUUGUGGCUGUAACCAUCUGACCAGCUUUGGUGUUCUCUUGGACCUUUCCGGACAAGGGAUCAAUAAUCGUCUGCAGGCUACCAUUCUAACCUACAUCACCUAUAUUGGCUGUGGCAUCUCUGCCAUUUUUCUCUCCAUCACCCUGAUGACGUAUCUGGCUUUUGAGACACUCCGUAAGGAUAUCCCAUCAAAAAUUGUGAUCCAUCUGUGUUUGGCUUUGCUUCUGUUGAACCUGACAUUCCUACUGGAUGCUUGGCUGGCUUUGUACCCCAAUGUUGUGGGUCUCUGCAUCUCCACUGCCUUCUUCUUGCAUUACUUCCUGUUGGCGUCUUUCUCCUGGAUGGCCAUGGAGGCUGUCCAUAUGUACAUUGCCCUUGUUAAAGUUUUUAACACAUAUGUGUCCCGCUUCAUGGUCAAAUUAGGACUUGCUGGCUGGGGUAUUCCUCUAAUUGUGGUCAUAAUUGUGAUAGCCAUUGAUAAAAACAAUUAUGGACUAGUGUCAUAUGGGAAGUUUGAAGAUGGAACCUCUGAUCAAUUUUGCUGGCUGAAGAACGAAAUAGCCUUCUAUGUUGCAGUGGUAGCAUACUUCUGUAUUGUCUUUGUACUGAACCUUAGCAUGUUCAUUGUAGUAAUGGUUCAGCUUUGUCGCAUUAAGAGGCAAAAUCCCCAUAACCUACAACAUCGUAGUAUCCUACAGGACUUGCGGAGUGUGGCAGGGCUUACUGUUCUCCUAGGCCUCACCUGGGGAUUUGCUUUUUUUGCCUGGGAUGCUGUCAACCUGCCAUUUAUGUACCUGUUUGCCAUCUUUAACUCACUGCAAGGCUUCUUUAUCUUUGUGUUCCACUGUGCCGUGAAGGAGAAUGUCAGAAGACAGUGGAGAAUACAUUUGUGCUGUGGAAACCUGAGGCUAGUUGAGAACUCUGACUGGAGUCACACUGCUACACAGAGGACAAAGAAAUCCACCAUAAAUAGACUUGCUUCCUCAUUCAGAUCAGUGAAAUCAUCGAACAACUCAUCCAGUUCUUUCUUGGUCAGUGACAUCUCAAGAUCAGACAGGUCAAUGGGAAUUGGCAAUCCGUUAGAUGACCGUGCAAUCACAGAGCAGGAGGAGCCCAGCUCAGAUGUAGUCCUAAAUGAGAUCAACCACAGGUAUCGGAGCCAGCGAUCCCUCUGACCUGAAAACCAACAUAUGUAAUUGUGAUAUAAUGACAUUUAUAUGUAUUUUUGCAUUAUGUAUAUGUUGUACAUAUUUUCUUUGAUAGUAUAUAUGGUAUAUACUGAAUAAACCAAUUUGUGUUGUAGCAUUUACAGUAGAUUACCAGUGGUUAGCCAAAUAGCCUGACCAAGGUUAACUGAGCGAUAUUUAAUAGGAUUCAUUUAAAUAAUUCACUAUUGGUUUAGAUAUUAAAAUGAUAUUUUCAUUUCAUAGUGGAUUAAAGUGAUGUUUAAAUAAAUGUAUGCAUUUCUAAUAAAAUACUAUUGUUCAUCCUCUGUUCAAUGAAAUGUGAAAUGGUAAAAUUAAAGCUUGCUUUGUAAAUUAAAUGAA